AUGUACAAGGCCGUCAUCCCGCCGACGCUACUGUACGGAGCGGAGACCUGGACGGUGUACACGAGGCAGGCACGUCGACUAAACCACUUCCACCCCAGCUGUCUCCGCCGCAUCCUGAGGCUGAACUGGCAGGACCGCAUCCCCGACACCGAAGUGCUGAAACGGACGGGAAUUCUGAGCAUCUACUCCAUGUUGAGACAAAUGCAGCUGCGCUGGAGCGGCCACCUGGUGCGCAUGGACGACGUGCGACUACCCAAACGACUCUUCUACGGAGACGUCGCGACGGGUUCUCGUCGUCAAGGAGGCCAAAUUCGCCGUUACAAAGAUACUCUGAAGUCCUCCCUGAAGCGCCUGCACAUCAACCCGACCAACUGGGAAGAGCUCGCCCGCGAUCGUCCGACAUGGAGGAGAACAGUGAAGACGGACGCUGCUAUCUACGAAGCCAACCGCAUCGCCGCCGCCAAAGUGAAACGCGAAGUCCGCAAUUCACAACUUCGCCCAAUACGCAACGCCGCCGCACAACCUCUCCCUACGUGUCCUCGAUGUCAACGGACAUUCCGGGCACGAAUCGGACUUGUUGGACAUCUUCGAACCAACUGCACCUCUCGAACUGCUCCAGCCAUCGUCCACGCGCCCGCCUCUUCCUCGUCCUCUCUUCCGCCAACUAACUCUGACACUCCUUCUGCACCACCACUUCCAUCCUCCUCCUUCUCCUCCACUGCCCCAGCGGUGGCCGUUCAGGCUGCCGUCUCACACAUCGCCAACCACGACACAGCAACCGCAACCACCCCCACCUGCCCUCACUGCGACCGCACCUUCACCUCGCACAACGGCCUGGUCGGUCACUUGCGAAUCCAUCGCACAGAGACUGGUGAACCAGUGCCUGGAGCACCAACCUACACCCAUCGCACUCGCCUCCACUGCCCACAAUGCUCUCGCACCUUCCGGCGUCGCAUGGGCCUAUCCGGCCACAUGCGUAUCCACGACAGCGGAAUUGACCGCAGCCUUGACACACCCACCCCGCCAAGCCCCACUCCCAAUCCAUCACCCUGUGCACCCACUAACCACUCCCCAGCCGACAUCGACGCCACCGACCUUACCACCCCUCACUCCCCCCUUCCUCCUCCACCUCCUCCUUCACUGCCACAACGACGGCCACUCCGGCGUCUGUAG